AUGGGCGCGACGCUGCCGCCUUGCCGAGCUCAGCUGCUGCCACGCUUCCGACUCUACCAGGCCACACCGCGCGUCGCGCCGGCUACCGCCGAGCCAUACUUGCCAACACCCCAGGUCAUCGAACAUAGGGACCCAGACCCCAAUCGGAUGCAGAUGCCGCAGGGGAACCCACUGCUGCUGUCCCUCACCCUGCAGGAGCUGCUGGCCAGGGACACUGUGCAGGUGGAGCUCAUCCCGGAGAAGAAGGGCCUCUUCCUGAAGCAUGUGGAAUAUGAGGUUUCCAGCCAGCGCUUCAAGUCCUCUGUGUAUAGACGGUACAAUGACUUUGUGGUCUUCCACGAAGCGCUCCUGCACAAGUUCCCGUAUCGCAUGGUGCCAGCCCUUCCACCCAAGAGAAUGCUGGGAGCUGACAGGGAAUUCAUCGAAGCCAGAAGGAGAGCCCUGAAGCGCUUCAUUAACCUGGUGGCCCGGCACCCCCCGUUCUCUGAGGAUGUCAUCCUCAAGCUGUUCCUCUCAUUCAGUGGUUCCGAUGUGCAGAACAAGUUAAAGGAAUCAGCUCAGUGUGUUGGAGAUGAAUUCAUGAAUUGUAAACUGGCUACCAGGGCCAAGGACUUCCUCCCAGCUGACAUCCAGACUCAAUUUGCUGUUAGCCGGGAGCUGAUUCGAAAUAUCUACAAUAGCUUUUAUAAGCUUCGUGAUAGAGCUGAACGGAUUGCAUCGAGGGCCAUCGACAAUGCUGCGGAUCUUCUUAUAUUUGGGAAGGAGUUAAGUGCUUUAGGUUCUGACACAACCCCCCUGCCCUCCUGGGCCACUCUGAACAGCAGCACGUGGGGGUCCCUUAAGCAGGCUCUGAAAGGCCUGUCUGUGGAGUUUGCACUGCUCGCCGACAAGGCUGCACAACAGGGAAAACAGGAAGAGAAUGAUGUGGUGGAGAAAUUGAACCUUUUCUUGGAUUUGCUCCAGUCCUAUAAAGACCUGUGCGAACGGCAUGAGAAGGGUGUGCUGCACAAGCACCAGCGGGCCCUGCACAAGUACAGCCUGAUGAAGAGGCAGAUGAUGAGUGCUGCCGUGCAGAACCGCGAGCCUGAGUCCGUGGAGCAGCUGGAGUCCCGCAUCGUGGAGCAAGAGAAUGCAAUUCAGACGAUGGAGCUGCGUAACUACUUCUCCCUAUACUGCCUGCACCAGGAGACACAGCUCAUCCACGUCUACCUGCCCCUCACCUCCCAUAUCCUUGGGGCCUUCGUGAACUCUCAGAUCCAAGGGCACAAGGAGAUGAGCAAGGUGUGGAAUGAGUUGAAGCCCAAGCUAAGCUGCCUCUUCGCUGGACCACACAGUGUGCUGACCCCGCCUCGGUCCCCGCAGGAGGAUGGCGUGUAUCCUCACUAGUGCCUGAGGCCCGAGGCAAGAGCUCCCUGCGGCCUCACUAAAACUUCUUUCCAAA